UCUGCCACUGAGGUACAAUAAGAAGCUGAGUUUUAUCUGUGCCUUUUUGCCGCUCUUUGAUGACGUACACAGCGGAAGAACACAUGCGGUAUUUUAGUGCAACGCAUCAUGGCUACUGUACAAGUCAGUGAGGCUGAAAAGGUGUAUAUUUUGCAUGGUGUACGGGAUGAUUUACGGGUUGAUGGACGAGGAUGCGAGGACUACAGACACAUGGAGAUUGAGACAGACAUGGUGUCAAAUACAGAUGGCUCAGCCAAAGUGACACUGGGGCAUACAGACGUGCUAGUGGGAGUCAAAGCUGAAAUGGGAAAGCCAAGGCCCAUGGUCCCAGAUGAAGGCUACCUGGAGUUUUUUGUUGAUUGCUCUGCCAAUGCCACACCAGAAUUUGAGGGUCGGGGUGGUGAUGACCUGGGCAUGGAGUUGAGCAACACCCUGUACAAAGUGUUCAACAAUAGAUACAGUGUGGACCUGAAAAGCCUCUGCAUCAGCCCAGGGGAACACUGCUGGGUGCUCUAUGUGGACGUGCUGCUCCUGCAGUGUGAUGGAAAUCUUUUUGAUGCCAUCUCUGUUGCAAUUAAAGCAGCUCUCUUCAAUACAAAAAUUCCCAAAGUGCACAUCUCUGAGGAUGAGGAAGGAGGGAAGGAAAUAGAGCUGUCAGACGACCCCUACGACUGCAUGCGACUCAAUGUGGAGAACGUUCCCUGCGUCGUGACCUUGUGCAAGGUGGGCCAUAGGCACGUGGUGGACGCCACGCUGCAGGAGAAGGCGUGUUCAGUGGCCAGCCUGAUCAUCUCCGUCACACACAAGGGGGCGGUCACCUGUGUCAGGAAGGUGGGGGGGGGCAGCCUGGACCCAGAGAGCAUCUUUGAGAUGACCGAGACAGGGAAACGGGUAGGGAAAGCCCUCCACGCCCCCCUCAUGGAGCUUCUGCAGGAGGAGGAGAGUCUGGGAAAGAAGAGACAGAAAGUGGGCUUUCUUGGUUAGCAUCACUGUUUUUAUAAAUGUUUACUAUUCUAAUAAAGCAUUUUAUUUGUACAGUC